AUGAAGUUCGGCGAGCACUUGAGAAAGGCGCUCAUCAAAAACUACUCCUACUACUACAUCAACUACGACGACUUGAAGCACCAGAUCAAAAAGACCCUCAAGGACAACGACUACGAAUGGACCAAUGAGCACGAGGAAGACUUUUUGGCCGCCUUGGAGACAGAGCUCGACAAGGUGUUUUCGUUCACCAAGGUCAAGAACACCGAGGUCAAUCGUAGAAUCAAAGAAGCAGAAGCCUACGUGUAUGAGGUGGUCGAUGCAUUGAAGAACCCCCAAAACGGGCAGAAGCCGCUGGAACAGGACUUCGACGAGUUGGAAGAGGAGCUCUCGGACAUCAUUGCCGACGUGCACGACUUGGCCAAGUUCACCCGGCUCAACUACACCGGGUUCCAGAAGAUCUUGAAGAAGCACGACAAGACCACCAAGUUUGCGUUGAAGCCCGUGUUCCAGGUGCGCUUGAACGCCAAGCCGUUCUACAAGGACAACUACGACAAGUUGAUCGUCAAGUUGUCCAAGUUGUACGACUUGGUCCGCACCAGAGGUAACCCGGUCAAGGGUGACUCCUCCGCCGGUGGCUCGCAGCAGAACUUCGUCAGACAGACCACCAAGUACUGGGUGCACCCCGACAACAUCACCGAGUUGAAGUUGAUCAUCUUGAAGCACUUGCCGGUGUUGGUGUUCAAGGCCGACAAGGAGUUCGAGGCCGAGGACUCCGCCAUCACCUCCAUCUACUUCGACAACAAGGACAUGGAGUUGUACUACGGCAGAUUGAGAAAGGACGAGGGUGCCGAGGCCAUCAGAUUGAGAUGGUACGGUGGCAUGAAGUCCGACCAGAUCUUCGUCGAGAGAAAGACCCACAGAGAGGACUGGACCGGUGAGAAGUCCGUCAAGGCCAGAUUUGCCUUGAAGGAAAACAAGGUCAACAGCUUCUUGAAGGGUGAGUUCACUGCCACCCAGGCCUUCGACAAGAUGAGAAAGGACGGCAAGAAGUCUGCUAAGGAAAUCGACAACUUGGAGGCUCUCGCCAAGGAGGUUCAAUACUCCGUGCUCAAGCACAAGUUCAGACCGGUCAUGAGAUCGUUCUACAACAGAACCGCCUUCCAGUUGCCUGGUGACGCCAGAGUCCGUAUUUCUUUGGACACUGAGUUGACUAUGGUCAGAGAGGACAACUUCGAUGGCUACGACAGAUGCCACGGCAACUGGAGAAGAAUGGACAUCGGUGUCGACUACCCAUUCUCGCAAUUGCCCGAGAAGGACGUGUGCAGAUUCCCAUACGCUGUUUUGGAAGUCAAGUUGCAAACACAGAUGGGCCAAGAGCCUCCAGCAUGGGUGCGUGACUUGGUUCAAUCCCAUCUUGUGGAGGCUGUUCCAAAGUACUCCAAGUUCAUCCAUGGUGGUGCCACUUUGUUGACUGACAGAGUCAACUUGUUGCCAUUCUGGUUCCCUCAAAUGGACGUCGAUAUCAGAAAGCCAAAGUUCGAGCAGAGCUACGGUAUCUCCAGACAAAACGCCAAGAACAAGUCCUCAUCUUCCGGUGGAGAGAUGGACGAAGAAGAGCUCAUCGGUGAAGAGGGCUACAACACCAGAUACUCUGCUGUUCACUUCUCCAACGACAUCAACCCAUUGGAGGAAGACUUGGAGACCUCUCCUUUGUUGUUGCCAUCCAACUACACCCCAAGAAACAGCAACUCGCCUGUUUCCGACUUCUUCGCCGACUUGUACGGUAAGUUCUUGCACUAUUUCAAUGACGACAGAACCUUCACCAUCAAGCCAGGUACAAACUUCGACUUGAACACAACUUUCGCUAGCAGCCUUCCUAAGGGCAAGACUAUUUGUGUUCCUGUCAGAAUUGAGCCUAAGGUCUACUUUGCUGCGGAAAGAACCUUCUUGAGUUGGUUGUCUAUCGGUAUGAUCCUUGGUGCUACCGCUUCCACUUUGAUCAACUAUGGUAACCAGUCUGCUUUGGUUGCAUCGAUUGGUUUCUUCUUGUCUGCUUUGUUCGUCAUGGCUUACGCUUCUUACAAGUACAUCAGAAGAACAUUGGCCAUCAGAGAGAAGAAGGCUACUGAGUAUGCUGACAGCUUCGGACCAAACACAAUUUGUUUCUUGAUUGCUGCUUCUACCUUCGCUACCUUCAUCUUCAAGUUCAUCGAGAACUAG